GGUGGUAAAUGCUUCCCUUGUGCCAGCUGACCGACUCUCGCACCUUUUGCACCUUCUGUGUCAGAGGAAGAAGCGAGACACGAGAGUGCAGCGCCACAAAGUGAGUGAGUUUGGCCAAUCUGCUGAUGGUGCGCUGGACGUUUGAGCUUCUCUCUCUCUCUCUCUCUCUCUCUCACUCUCUCUUUUGAUAAGUUGGUGUGCAUCCUGCAAAGUAGCACAAUCGGUGUCUCCCGCCUUUGAUCUGCUGGCCAAGGAUGGCACUGGACCACUGGAGCGCAUUUCGCGCCUCCGUUUUACUGCCUUGUGUGAUAAUCUGCAGUAACGUGCUAUGUCCCGCCGGUGCCUAUCUCUACAGCAACCGCUACGCAGGCGAUCAAGUCUUCAGAAUAACUCCCAGUAAUGACGAGGAGGUCCAAGUGCUCAAGAAAAUUCUGGCACAUAUGAAGGUGGACUUUUGGCAGCCCAACAGUGUUUCUCUCAUCUGUCACAAUGCCACCGUGGAUGUCCACGUGAAACGCAACAACACGCGAGACCUACGUGCACGCUUAAAGCAGGAAGAUAUUGAUUAUCGGGUGUUUAUCUCCAAUCUGCAGAAGGAAAUUGAAAAGCAGACAGGAUAUCGCUCCUCUCGCAAGCGGAGGUCAGAGUCUCAGUAUGACUACGAGGUUUACCACUCUCUGGAAGAGAUCCAGAGCUGGAUGUUUGAGAUGAACAGAACCAACCCAGACCUGGUUGAAAUGUUCUCCAUUGGGAAAUCAUACGAGGGAAGACCGUUGUAUGUGCUUCAGCUAGGAAAGACAAGUCGUCCCCAGAAGAAAGCCGUGUGGAUCGACUGCGGGGUUCAUGCUCGAGAGUGGAUCGGACCUGCCUUCUGCCAGUGGUUUGUCAAAGAGGCCAUCAGCUCAUACCAGUAUGACUCAGUGAUGAGACGACUGCUCAACCAGCUCAACUUCUACAUCAUGCCUGUCUUCAAUGUGGAUGGAUAUCACUUCAGCUGGACCACGGAUCGGUUCUGGAGGAAAACACGGUCCAAAAAUCACAAGUUUCACUGCCGAGGUGUGGACGCUAACAGAAACUGGAAAGUGAAAUGGUGUGAUGAGGGUGCCUCCUCUCAUCCCUGCGACGACACCUACUGUGGUCCCUUCCCUGAAUCGGAACCCGAAGUCAAGGCCGUCGCCAAGUUCCUGCGUAAGCACAAGAAGCAUGUCAGAGCAUACAUAUCCAUCCACGCCUACGCCCAAAUGCUGCUUUACCCUUAUUCCUACAAGUAUGCCACUAUCCCCAACUUCAGCUGUGUGGAGUCGGCGGCUCACAGUGCAGUGACAGCCCUGUACUCUGCCUAUGGAGUGAGGUACAGAUACGGACCUGCCUCCACAACUCUCUAUGUCAGCUCAGGCAGCUCUAUCGAUUGGGCGUACAGGAACGGGAUCCCGUACGCGUUUGCGUUUGAGUUAAGGGACACAGGAUACUUCGGCUUCCUCCUGCCCGAAUCCCUGAUCAGCCCGACUUGCACUGAGACUAUGAGGGCUGUGAAAGCCAUUGCAUCAGGUCUGCUGAAGAAGUGUGAGACAGACAGGGACAGAUUUCCAUAUAUAUGACCAUACUGUAGGUCCCUAGAGCCCCACCCUCACGGCUACUUAUCUGAACACCUCAUAUUCCUCUGAGAUUUCAUAUUAAUCCCAGAUGUUAUCAGGUGGAGAGCUGCAACAGACAACCAAAGCGUAAUUUGUUUUUCUUGUUUUUGAGGCUCUUCACUUUAUUUUCUUGCCUUUCUGAUAUGAUAUGAACUGAUGGUGGUGGGUUUUUCGUGCCAAAAACCAAAAAUCCUUCAAGUAACCAGCUUGUUUACAUACAGUAAGCUCACACACACACACACACACGCACACACACACACACACACACACACACACACA